AUGGACCCUAAAUCAGUAUCAACCUUACCUCAUCCGGAAGUAGAGAUAGCAGAGUUGGGUUGGGACGACGUCAACAAUGUCGACAAUCCCCAGAACUGGCCAACAUGGAAGAAAAUUCUCCACAGCGCAAUUCCAGCUGUGUACGGCCUUGCGCUUACCAUGGGGACUUCGACAUACGUUGCAGGCGUGUUACUUGUUAUGAAACAAUUCUACAUAAGUAGGACUGUUGCACUACUCCCUAUCGUCGUUUACACCAUCGGGUUCUCUCUAGGCCCACUCAUUGCCGCUCCUAUAUCCGAAAUUUACGGUCGCCUUAUUGUAUAUCGAGUCUGUCUUCCGAUGCUGAUGGUGUUCAACAUCAUCGCAGCUGCGUCUGAUAAUUUGACUGUACUCAUCGUCUUUCGGUUCCUCGCAGGCUUUGGCGGCUCAGGUGUGCUGGCUGUAGGCGCAGGUACUGUUGCUGAUAUAUGGAGUCAAAGGCAGGCCGGCCUGGUUGCGUUAACGUACAUCCUCGCUCCCUUUCUUGGACCUACUCUUGGGCCUCUUAUUGGUGCGUACAUCAUCGCCCAAUAUGACAACAACUGGAAAUGGUCUAUUUGGGUCAUUCCAAUCCUAUGCGCACCAAUAGCUGUCUCUCUAUUAUUUAUGAAAGAGACCUCAAAGAGUAGGAUCAUCUAUCUGAAGUCCAGCAAAACAGUAAAGGUUACCCAGGAAGCGCCCGUUACACAACGAAUCAGUAUCGCCAUGUUGCGCCCACUACACAUGAUCUUGCUGGAGCCGCUCGCCUUCUUUCUCAGCCUUUACACGGGUUUCAACUUCGCCAUGAUCUUCUCAUUCUUUGGUUCUUAUUCCUACGUAUACAGUAAGGUCUAUGGAUUUGAUCUGAAAGAAAUUGGGUUGGCUUACAUCGGACUCAUUGUGGGAUAUUUUCUCGCUCUUGUGACGGUUGGAUAUUUUGAUCGCAAAAAAUACCAGCCCGAAUCCCAGAGAACCAACGGGCGGGUUGCACCAGAGCAUCGCCUCUAUGCAGCCAUGUUUGGAAGCUUUCUUCUACCUAUUGGACUUUUUUGGUUUGCAUGGACGCCACGUGAAUCAGUUCAUUGGAUUGUUCCAGUGUUAGCUGGCGUACCGUUCGGCUGGGGAACGCUAGCCGUCUUCCUCGCAUCUGUUACCUACCUCAUGGAUACGUAUCAAGCGACAAAUGGUGCUUCAGCUAUAGCUGCUAAUGGAUUUCUACGGUUCAUUCUGGGAGCCAUAUUUCCUCUUUUCACAAUCCAGAUGUAUGAAAAUCUGGGUAUUCACUGGGCAGGAAGCAUCUUUGCGUUCAUUAGUCUCGCACUAAUCCCGGUACCUUGGGUUUUCUUUUGGAAAGGAAAGGAUCUUAGAAAACGGAGCUCUUACGAAACUUGUAGUUAUUGA